AUGCCCGCCCCACAGCCAUUCAGCCACAUGAGUUUCUACCCUACGCCAAUGUCUGUCCCGCCUGCAACUUCCGCAAUGUCCGGUCAUCAUCCCCUAGCACAUCGCCCCAUGGACCGUUGCCACAAAUGUCACCAAAUCGUGUCACCGCUUGACAAAAUUGUCCUUUCCUGUGGCUGCACCCCGUUUCACAUGGAAUGCAUCGACAAGGUUAAAGAUGAAGCCAGGCGAUCAAAUCAGUACAUCAAAAGCCCACCAAUCUCAAAAUUCAAAUGUCCCCGUUGCUAUGAUCCCGUCGUGAACUGGCACCGUGUCCUCGGUCCUCCUUUGCAACGUGAAAGUCCAACGCGUCCCCAUUCAGGCCCAUCGAAUUUCUAUCCCAUGCCGCAACCGUACACCCUGCCAGGAUACCCUGGAAGCUCGGCGUGUGAGUCGCAUAGAAGCCAGCCAAUCCCCAUUCCAACAGUUGUACAAGAACAGCAACCACAAGGUCCUUACGGUGGCAACUCGUGGACACCUAUGCAUGAAGCAGCUUCGCCAUCAGGAGCCGCAGACCAUGACAUGAGGCACACCGACUGGCACCGGCAGUUUCCUGUGUCGUGGCCACAGAGGCCCAUGCCUUCGUUUCGCCUUCCUCCGGGGCGUGGAAGCGCCUUCCCGAGUCAGCUGUCACAGAACGAAGGGCUUGACGUACUUGCGCCAGCCACUGAGGCUGCAUCGGCCCCACCUCUGUCGCCUAAGGAUCAAUCCCCCUUGCUGCAUCAUACCACUAUACCGAGCUUCGACUCAAAAGACGAGUCUCUAAGAACAUACUCUCACUCUUUCGACCCAAAAAUCCAUGUCUCGUUUGAGAAGACGAGAUGGGGUGCAGAUGAAGGCUUCGCUCCAGUCUGUGGAACACCUGAGGGGCCAUCAACUUCAACGAGGUCAUUGUGGAACGUGCAUUCAUCAAGCCUACCAGACACGGCGCGUCAAGAAGCGAAAUUUUCCCACCACUCCCAGCCCGAUGAAGAUAUUGUCCGCAGGAUGCCGAGCGUUCCGAAAGUAAUGCCUCGGUCGCCAUCACCAGGCCCAAAGCACAGGGAACCGAAGGGGCGCGAGCGGGAGGGGAGCUAUGAGAGAGCGCAUAAGACGAAACAUGAGCGAGAGGGAGGUAGUGGCCAGCACUCCCGUCGCCGCUUUGCUACUGUGCGAGGAACAGCCUCAUUUCAGCCCCAAGACAACUGGGAUGGCGAAGGGGGGAAGCCUGACAUGAUUUUACACGUGAAGAUGCAUCUGAUCAAGGACCAGUGGAGGGGAAGCUGUCCGCAUUGCCAGAACACAACCAGGUGUCAAGAGGAGAGAAGGGAAGGUGGGCGCUGUGGAAAACAUCCCUCCGCAGGUCGUCGAUAACGACAAGACUAGACUUCGGCUGCUUUUCUUCUUUGGAUGUGGUGUUUAGCCAUUUGUGUAUUGCGGAGCCAUACUCUACGUUUGUCCUCAUAUCUCAAGAACAGCAUCCCCUUAUUGGACUGGAAAGGAACGAAAACCAAGAGCGCACAUCGUUCUGACAGAGAUCAAAUAUUCGGGGUCGUUGUUGUGAUACGUUAUUACUGUGCGACAUAAACGCACUAAGAGCUCCGAAUUCAGGUCGCGGGUCGCAAGUGAGGAAGAGAAGACUGGAAGGGUUGGAAAUAUGAGACUGCCAGCGCUGCUUGAUGCUAUAAAGAACGGCGCAGCCUUUCUCUCAGCAAUAAAUAAUUUUUCUGAAA